UGAAGGAUUUGCACGAUCUAAUGGAGUGAAUCCCAGCGAUAGUCUGAAAGGCUUUGAUUGACCAAUGCUAUUAGCAAUUGUUGAUCACGAAAGAAAGCUGCUGUGACUUUUUUGGGAGGGGCGGUCACUUCGAACACGUAUGAAGCAUUGUAAACCCGUUCAGAAUGCGGAUGAUGGAAUCGGUUCGGAGUCUCUGAACAAAGCUUUUCUGAAUCUAUGAAGGAUACUGAUGGGGCUGGAGAGAACUUCAUUUGCCAUUCUUUUUGGGUUAAUAAUCUCCCUGGCAGCAGCACAGAAUGACAUCGGAAUCUGUCGGGUGGCUCCUCACUGGCAGAUUGGCAAUCAAAUACCAAUGGAGGAGCAGUCUGGACAAAUUACCGUGGUGGCCCUUCUCAAAGCAAGCUGAUCGUUCUGUCUAAAGCAGGCUGCCGGAUUAGGCAAAUUGCGUGACAAGCUUGUCCAUCAUGGCCUGACUGACAUACAUUACAUGAUUGUGAACGAUAAAACAUUUGAAUCCAGGAUCAUGUUUCAGAAGCUCAUAUCCAAUGCUCCCAAAGAUAUCCCUGUUUACCAGCAAUCACGAUUUCAACCUGAUGUUUGGCAUAUCUUGGGGGGUGUCAAGGAUGACAUCUUUAUCUAUGAUAGAUGUGGUAAAUUGACCUUUCAUGUCACGCCACCAUAUAGCCACUUGCAGUUCCGCUACGUUGAAGCAGCAAUUCAAGCUACUUACAACAGAGACAUCUGUGGGAACUGCAGAUCCAAUAACAACACACUGGAGAUGGUCUCAUCACCCUCUACAGGACAAAAUUAAUUCAAUCUAACAUCACGGGUUUGAAACUGAGGCUUUUGAAAAUCACUUGCAUGAGUGCCAUAUGUGACCAACUAAAUCUUAACAGGAGCCUAUUAUGAAAAUUCUUAACAUCAUUUCAGCUGCCUUAACUGCUUAGAUGCCAAUGUUGACCCUAAUGGGGUACAAAGUUUUGUUGCAGAAACCUAGUUUGAUAUUAACUAUUGUGAAGCAAUGUAAUUUAUAUUUGUGAAUCUCCGAUGACUGCAGUCUAAUUUGGCAUUAGCGUUAAGCUCUGUUGACUGGUCUUUUGAACAACUGACCAUUGUGGCAACCCCUUUUCCCAAGGUGUGUGUCAAACCAGAUACCCCUCUGAAUAUAGUUCUAGUCACCGUGAUCUCAGCUGAACACUGCCUUUUGUCAUGCAUCCCAUAUAUGUGGCAUGAAUCAGUGCUGUGAACAGGGGCUAUGAAUAAAUCAGAUUCUAACCUUGUAAGCCAGUAUAAAGUCACUUGUAAAGGGAUGUCCCAUUUCCUGUCAUCCACAAAAAUAACUAUGAAUAUUCAUUAUGGGAGUGUGUUUGGGUGGGGGGGGGGGAAGUAUCACAGGAGAUUUUGCACUGCUUUGGCAGAAAUGCUCCUAGAUAAAGUAUGUAUCAAUAUUUUGAUGUUUGCUUUACAUGUACUAUUCAGUGUAAGUUAUUCCUCUAGUUUUGUUGUGCUUAAUGAAGUCUUUGGUACAAACUAGCUACUAGUAACUACAGGCUGACCACUGCACAAAAAGCUUAAGGAAAAGUUUUUAACUGACUUGUACAAACUGCUAGCAUCUCUUAGAUCAUAGGACCAAAUGAAAUUAAAGAAAGUAGGUCAUUUGGCUCCUUGUGUUUGCUCAGCCAUUCAAUAAGAUAAUGGAUGAUUCAAGUUUCUAUGUUCAUCUUCCCACCCAUAAACUUCGGUUGCCUUACUAACUUGGAGGUGGGGAAGAAAAAAUAUCCAUUCCAUUGCAGCUUUGAACAUAAUCAAGGAUUCAGCCUCCAUAACUUUCUUGGGCAAACAGUCCAAUAGGGACUCAGCCCUUUGAGAAAAAAUCUUGCUCAUCAAUUUUUUAGUUAGCCCUUUAUUCUGCAAUUUUGCCCUCUGCUAGACUAACCAAUGAGGGCAACAUUCUACUAACAUUUACCCUAUAUUGUGCUAAGAAUGUUGUAUUUCAAUAAGAUCAACUCUCAUUUUCCUAAACUUAAAUGAUUGUCAACUUUUCCUCCCAACACAAUCACUGCAUACAUUCCUGAAUUGCCUCUAAAUAUAUAUAUUUCUUCAAGUAAGGUGAGUACCUGGUGCCUUUUAAAUUUUAGUAAGAUUGGUACGUGUGUUGCUUUGCAAGAAAAGCCAGCAUUAUGUUAGCUUCCUGAUUGCCUAGUGUAGCUCUAUGUGAGCUUUGUGUUUCAGAAGAGUGAAUGUCCCUCUAAAAUCCUCCAUGUCCCACACCCUGUUUACAGUACAUUGUGUUUUGAACAAGAUUAUAUGAUGUAAAUAAAAUACCACACUGACUUUUCCUCUAUAAUAACCUUGUGAUAAUUUCACUUUUAACCACAACCAUAAUUUUGACAUUAAUUUCUCUGUCUGACGCUGAACGCAGCUCAUUCUGCAAUCACUCAGAAGUCUGAACCAAGCUGUAUAGGUGAUCAUGCUUCCCAGCAGAUCCCUUGCAAGCUGCCUGCUAACUUUGAAUAUUAUGUGUAUGUACAGUACAUGAUUUUGAAGGUAACUUGUGAUCAGAGGAAGGAAUCUGUUUCUAUCUGUAUGGGUGAUCAGUUAUUGUCAUUGUUUCAUUACAAGCUUGUUGAAUUUGGACUUGAAUCCACCUUAUUUCCAACAAACACGCCUGGUAAUUUGUUUGUCACCCCUGCCCACUAUGAUUGUAGCAUCUUUUUCUUGAUCUUGUCCAUUUACUGCUGGUCUGAGAAAUAAUUGCUUCUCACUACUGUAUCUGUGAGCUCAGCCAUUUUCCUUUUGAGGCAAGGUUCUCUGGUUUUAUCAUUAUCACACUGAUGUAUUUUGAUAUGGAAGUGGGUUGGUUAUCUGCACUUCAAAAGUUGCUAAAUUUAUAUGGAUUUGUGAAUCUUCAAUACAGCCAAACCAGAUCACUGGGGUUCUAAGAGGGGCACGGGCAGUUCAUGUUCUUCAGCUCACAACUUAUUUUAACAGUUCAUCUGGUUUUUCAUGGCAUGUUUGGAAAUAAAACUUAAUUAGCUUUUAGUCAUUUUGUUAAAUGGAAUGUUCUUGCUAUUUAACUAGAUCAGUUACAAAUACAUUUAAAAAGCAGUUGUUUCUAAUUUACCAAUAUCAAACACUGUUACUUUUUUCAUUGUCAACCUUUCUAUUUCAUUUAGUUCCUUCCUCCAGAACCUUUUUCUGCGGUGCCUGAAAUCUUGGCAGCUAGGAGAUUAUUUGCAUAUUUGCUAUAUUCCUCUAUCUGUUAGCUUAGUUGAAGAUCUGGGACUUCAUGGGCAGUGGAAGCAAACUCAAUCAAGCUUUUCAAAAGGGAGUUCCCCAUGUGCUUGAAGGGGAAAAUAAUUUGCAAAGCAAUGGGAAAAGAAUUCAAUUAAAGUACUGAUUUUUUUUUAAAAGGAAAAUCUACUUGGCCUGGCUGAAUAACUUCUUCCUGAGUCAAAAUAAUUUUAGGAAAGCCAGAGCAUUCCUAUAGCUUGCGCAAGAUCAAUAAUUUCGUAUCAUCUGUUACCAAAUUUACAACGUUAGUGCUUUGCUAAAAUUAUUUCCCCCUUACCCAGAUUACUGGUGUAAGUGACUUAGUCUUUAGUAGGAUUCUGUUGCUAGCAAUCCUUCAAUUCUUUGACUUUGGCUGGGAUUUUGUUAUCAAUCUGCAUAAUGUGGUCCAGGUAUGUGUGAUAUUAGCAUAUUUACUGAUUUGUUGGUGUCACCAAUUUUGGUUUGUUUCAGAUUUCCAACAUCUGCAUUUUUUGCCUUUUGAUUAUGAUAAGUUUAUCUUAACUAAAAUAUUAUUAACUGUUCUACUAUUGUAAUUUUAAUGAGUUUUGGUUAUAAUGUUAAAUAUAAAUUGAAUUUGAAUUUCCAGUUUUCUUCUAAUUACACAAAUAAGUGAAUAAAAAAUUACUGGAUA